GGCGGCGCGCGCGGCCGAUCCAGGCUGACCGAUCCCCGAGCUUGCUCCAGCUAAUCAUCGUCCUGUCCUGCAUUACCCACUAGCUAACCAUGAUUUAAAAUCCUCUUGCGCAAGGGCCGUUCUGUUGCACUGGUCAUCUGCCCAUGUACUACUAUCUCUGCACUACAGCGCCACACGGCACAUCCCGCGCGCGAGCCGGUCACGGCGGCGUACGUGGACCGGCCUACCGCUGCUCCGGCCAGAUUUCGGUGACGGCACGAGGGAGAUACUUAUGUGAUAUUUUUAUACUAACAAGAGUGAGUCAAAGAGCGUGCUAUAAAUUACGGAAUAGAAACAUAGCUUGAUGCUAAUACGAUCAUUUUCCAUCUUCCACUAUAUGAAUUUAUUAUUUCCUAAAAAAUAUAUGAAUUUAUUAUAUCUAAACUUUGUAUAGUGGUGGGAUGUCAAAUUCUAAGCUGGAUAGUCUAAUUUAUCAAGCAGAUUUCAAUUUCUCCAAAAUGAGAGAAUCCAAACGGCCCCUUAGAUUAUUUCUUCGUUGCGCGCCUUUUGCUCACGUAUACAAUCCAAGGUACUACGCGGCGACAACGCCAAAUUGCUGCCGACAUUUUCCUUGUCACGCCGUUGGCAUGCACUUCGCCGCCUCGUGUCUGAAUUGUUAUAGGUUCCUCUUUAUACGACGUUACUUCAGGCCAUCGAUCGGUUACAUUGCGGGGUGCCGGCCGGCUGCCAAGCUAGCUGCCCUUGGUAUCAUACGGUUUGCCGUCACGCAACAGAAGAAACGGAAACCCCCCGAUUUGCUGUUGCGCGUGCCAACUACUGGCAUUCUGGCCGUCACGGACGCGCGCAAAUCCGUUGCAGUUGAGCAGAUCGGGCCUUUCUUGCCGGUACUGGCGCCACUGCCUGCCAUCGAUGCAACCAAUCAGCAGCUACUGCCUACACUGGCCAUUUAAAAAGGCCCCAACCCUUUUGCCCUCAUGCCCUGCACAUGCUCGCAGCGUCCUCCAUCGACAACAUUUUCCUCUAGCGCUGCUGCUGGUGUUGAGAAAGAUCGGGCGAUCCUCGUCUCCUAUAUGCCCAGCAAUUCGCAGGAACCGUCCAGAUAUCUCCUUCUCCUGCCACCUCACAUCGGAUUGCCAUUUCAGUUUUGUCUGCCAAAUCUGCUCAUCGUCAGGUUUAAUUCGUUUUCCAGCGCGUCGACACUUGUCUCUCUCGCUCUCGGUCGGCGGAGCGAGCCAUGGAGGGGGCCAACGGCAAUAGCAACGGCACUACCACGCCCCGCGCCGUGCCGCCGCUUCUCGCCGACGUCGAGGUCUCCAACCUGCCCGGAUUCGACGUCACCCCGACGCCGAGCCCGCGCCCGCAGCCCAGCCCCAAGAAGGCGCCCCGCCCCGGGGUGCCGCCGCUGGACCGCGUGACGCGCCGCAGCGAGGUGGUGCUCCCGCCGCUGGAAUCGCCGUUCCAGGCGCCGGGCUACCGCUCCGUGCAGCCGGUGUCCAUCAGCCUCCCCGCGUCGCCGAGCGGCUUCGGCGCGCCGGCCGUCCCCGCGGUGGCGACCGGCGCGGGCGACCCGGACGGCCUGCGCCGGCAGGCCAUGGCGAACGCCGCGGCGCAGCCGUCGCCGCCGCCCGCGCAGCAGGACAAGGAGGGAGGGAGCGUCCGGUUCGCGCACCAGCCGGACAAGGUGGUGUUCCGGUCGCAGCCCAUCCCCGGCGGCCAGCCCGCCGCGCGCCCCCGGGCGGGCCGCGCCGGCAGCAGGGUCAUGAGCCGGGACAAGCGCUACGACUCGUUCAAGACCUUCUCCCCGAAGCUGGAGCGGCAGCUCACACACCUGACGGGCGCGCCGGAGGCGCACGACGGCGAGGAGGACGGCGAGGACGACGCCAUCACCGCCAGCCGCAGCACGUCCAUGCCCAAGGUGGACCGCUUCUUCGCGGCGCUGGAGGGCCCCGAGCUCGACAAGCUCAAGUCGUCCGAGGAGCUGGUGCUGCCGUCGGACAAGAAGUGGCCGUUCCUGCUCCGGUUCCCCGUGUCGGCGUUCGGCAUCUGCCUGGGUGUGAGCAGCCAGGCCAUCCUGUGGAAGACGAUCGCCACGUCGGCGCCCACAACGUUCCUCCACGUCGGCGCCAGGGCGAACCUGGUGCUCUGGUGCAUCUCCGUGGCGCUCAUGUGCGCCAUCACGGCCGUGUACGCGCUCAAGGUCGCCUUCUUCUUCGAGGCGGUGCGGCGCGAGUACUACCACCCGAUCCGCGUCAACUUCUUCUUCGCGCCGUGGAUCGCGUGCCUGUUCCUGGCCAUCGGCGUGCCGCCGUCCGUGGCGACGGAGCUGCCGCGGUGGCUCUGGUACGCGCUGAUGGCGCCCGUGCUGGUCCUGGAGCUCAAGAUCUACGGCCAGUGGAUGUCCGGCGGGCAGCACCGGCUGUCCAGGGUGGCCAACCCGUCCAACCACCUGUCCGUGGUGGGCGACUUCGUGGGCGCGCUGCUGGGCGCGUCCAUGGGGCUCCGCGAGGGCCCCGUCUUCUUCUUCGCCGUGGGGCUCGCGCACUACAGCGUGCUGUUCGUGACGCUGUACCAGCGGCUCCCCACGAACGAGACGCUGCCCAAGGAGCUCCACCCGGUGUUCUUCCUCUUCGUGGCGGCGCCGAGCGUGGCGUCCAUGGCGUGGGCCAGGAUCACGGGCGAGUUCGGGUACGGCUCCCGGGUGGCCUACUUCAUCGCCAUGUUCCUGUACGCGUCGCUGGCGGUGCGGAUCAACUUCUUCCGCGGCUUCCGCUUCUCGCUGGCGUGGUGGGCCUACACGUUCCCGAUGACCGGCGCCGCCAUCGCGUCCAUCCGCUACUCGACGGAGGUGGACAACACCUUCACCAAGGCGCUCUGCGUGGCGCUGUCCGCGGUCGCCGUGCUCACGGUGGCGGCGCUGUUCGCCACCACGCUGGUGCACGCCUUCGUGCUCCGGAACCUCUUCCCCAACGACAUCUCCAUCGCCAUCACGGAGCGCAAGAUGAAGCCCAUCGUGGAGCUGCACGAGAGCCAGGGCGAGGACGGAAGCACCAAGAGCAACGACAUCGCGGCCGGCGGCGGCGCGCAGUGACACUGAUGGCCUGCCUGAAUCCUGAUGGGGCGGCGGCGGCCACGGGGCUGAAGCCUGAAGGAGUCGCCGAGCUCCACGUACGUGGGGGAAUGACGCGAUUCUCGGAUUGGCCUGCUUGGAUUGGUGCUAGCUUGGUUGCAGCUAUUAGUAAUCCAGUAUAGUUUAUAGUCAGUAAAAACUACAUGUACAGAGUCGAUUGCGUCGUAUGGAUUGGUAUUUGUCGUGGAAAUAUGCUUUUUUAAGCAGUCUCGAUUCUACUUUA